GGAUUGUUUCAUUACAACCUCACCAUGCUUGGGUUUGAGUCGCUUCCAGACCCCACGGAUACCUGGGAAAUUAUAGAGACCAUAGGUAAAGGCACCUAUGGCAAGGUCUACAAGGUAACUAACAAGAGAGAUGGGAGCCUGGCUGCAGUAAAAAUUCUGGAUCCAAUCAGUGACAUGGAUGAAGAGAUCGAAGCAGAAUACAACAUCUUGCAGUUUCUUCCUAAUCAUCCCAACGUUGUCAAGUUCUACGGGAUGUUUUACAAAGCGGAUGCGUGUGUGGGAGGACAGCUGUGGCUGGUCCUGGAGCUGUGUAACGGGGGCUCAGUCACCGAGCUUGUCAAAGGUCUACUCAUGUUCGGCCAGCGCUUGGACGAAGCAGUGAUCUCAUACAUCUUAUAUGGAGCCUUAUUGGGCCUUCAGCAUUUGCACAAUAACCGAAUCAUCCACCGUGAUGUCAAGGGGAAUAACAUUCUUCUGACAACAGAAGGAGGAGUUAAGCUCGUUGACUUUGGUGUGUCAGCUCAACUCACCAGUACACGUCUAAGGAGAAACACAUCUGUUGGCACCCCCUUCUGGAUGGCUCCUGAGGUUAUCGCUUGUGAACAGCAGUAUGACUCUUCCUAUGACGCUCGCUGUGACGUCUGGUCCUUGGGGAUUACAGCUAUUGAACUGGGGGAUGGAGACCCUCCCCUCUUUGACAUGCAUCCUGUGAAAACGCUCUUUAAAAUUCCAAGGUAG